CUCGGCCACCGACUACGUUGACAUGAUAAUGCUCGACUACCCAGGGCCCGACGACGACUCGAUUCGUGGGCAGUGGGCGGCGCUGGAGGAGAUGGCGGCGCAGAAGACGACCCGCUCGCUCGCCGUCUCCAACUUUUCUCCGCGCCAGCUGGACGUGAUCCUUGCGGACAAGAGCGCCACAGUGCCAACCGUGAACCAGCUGCCCUUCGGCGUGGGCUUUGCUAACAUCUACGACGGCAACGCGGCCAGCAUCGUCGCAGAGAACUCGAAGCGCGGCGUGGUCGUGCAGGCCUGGUCGCCACUGCAGCGCGCGCUCCGAGGCAACCGCAAGGACGCGUGCGCGAUGAUCGGCCAGAAGUACGGCAAGACGGCGGCGCAGGUCGCACUGCGCUGGAUCGCAGACAUGGGCUGCAGCUUCACGACUGCGGGCACGCGGAAGCGUGACGGUGCGCCCGCCCGUUUCCGAGAGAACCUCGACAUAUUUGACUUCAAGCUGACACAGGAGGAGAUCGCUGCCCUCGCAAAGCUGUGAUGGUGUGUGCAGAGGGCGGUGCAAGAGGUUGUGCAUCCAUACCCCCACAGCCAGUGUUGUUUGUGCGCAUGACCAUGAGAUGUCGCUUGUCGGAGAGGAGGAGCAUGGCCGUCUCGCUUUACUUUUAUUAUGUGUUGCAUGACUAGUGUAUGUACUAUGUAUGCUAGUAUGUAUGUAUGUGUGUAUGUAGGAUGGUG